AUGGCGGCGCCCUCGGCGCAGGCGCGCAGCCGCCUCGCGGCCUGCCUGCGGGCACUGUCGCUUGGGGCGCUGUUGGCAGCGACCGUCGCCGCUGGCGCCGCCAGUGAGUGCAGCCGCUGGCCGUCCGACCACCAGGGCAGCGACUGGGAGCCCUGCCGCGCCUGCCUGCGGGCGCGUGGACAGAGGCCAGUGGAUGACGCCUCGCGCACGGAGCUCGUCUGGAGCAGGCCCUGCUCGCCUCUGCUCGACGAAGUGCCGGGUUUCAUCUGCAGGCUGUGGGCCGAAAACUGCUCCAUCAGCAACAUUUCCCACGCUGCAUUCGCGCAAGCCCCUUGCCUACGCAGAAUAUCCUUGGCGGCGAACACCAUAUCAGAGCUGGACCCGCUCGUGUUUUCUGGAAACCACGAGCUGCUGGAGCUCUGCUUGCAGAGAAACGGCCUUGUGCUGCGACGGGAGCGGCCUAUCAUCAACUCAACGUCUUUGCGAAUUCUGGAUUUGUCGUUUUGCAACAUUAGUGUAGUGUUUAAUUUAACCUUCAGUGCUAUUCCAAAUGUUAGCAUAUUGAUGUUACGCGCAAAUAAGAUCCAUACCCUCUCUUACGACGUUUUUGCUUCACUUAGCCGUUUAGAAGUAUUGGACGUUUCAGAAAAUGCAAUAACGAGAAUAGACUUUGCAAGCAAACUAAAUUUCAGGUGCUUUUAUGCCGAACGAAAUCCGAUUAAGGAAGUACUUCCAAUACUUGUGAAAUUUCGGUCGAAUGGCUCGUUAGUUUUUUCGCAAACAGUGUGUUGUUGUAAUGCAGCGUCUUGCGACGACAGAUUUGCAAUCCGUUCAGCGAGUCAAUGGAUUUCAAAAUGUGAACAUUGUCACAAUAAGUUUCCAAUUAUUGAACCAACUGAACAGCCUACGUUACUUUCAAACGAAAGCUCAACGGCUGUUAUUGUGAAUCUAAAAUACGACUUCGAUGUAAGAACGCAGCCGAUUUCAACCACUAAUCUCGAGACAAAAAAUACACAAAAGACACAUGCAGCGAAUCUUACUAUAAUUUUGCUGUGCUCUGUAUUUUCGUUUCUGAUUCUAGUACUGACUUCAAUUAUUGUGUGCCUGUUGAAAAAACAAUCGAAACGAAACGUUAAAUCUGAUGUAUUUUUGGCAAGAGUGGUUGUCCCAUCCCUCAUUUAUGGUCAAAAAGAACAAGUAACAGAUUUGGAUGAAGAAUCGUGUUCUUAUCUAAGCGUAAAUCAUGUUUAUGAAGUAAUUCCAGAAUAAACUAUUUUGAAAGUUUUAUUUCUGAGAAACUUAAAUAAUGUAAAAAAGUAAAAUUAAACAGUAAAUUAAAAAUAAACUAAUG